AUGUUUCUUCUUCUGCUUCAAGGUCACACCAGGUUAGCUGGUGCUGGAUUUUCUCGAUGUUCUGGAAAAGUUGAAGUCUACCACAACAGUAUCUGGGGAACGGUCUGUGAUGAUAAUUGGGACUUAAAGGAUGCCAAUGUGGUCUGUAGAGAGUUGGACUGUGGAACAGCAGUGACUGCUACAAGUCAAGCUUUCUUUGGUCAAGGAACAGGACAGAUCUGGCUUGAUGAUGUGUCAUGUUCUGGCAAUGAAGCUUCACUUACACAGUGUGAGCACGGAGGAUUUGGGACACAUGACUGUGUACACAAUGAGGAUGCUGGUGUCGUCUGUUCAGCUCAGACCAGGUUAGCUGGUGCUGGAUUACCACGGUGUUCUGGUAGAGUUGAAGUUUACCACAACAGUAUCUGGGGAACGGUCUGUGAUGAUUAUUGGGACUUAAACGAUGCCAAUGUGGUCUGUAGAGAGUUGGACUGUGGAACAGCAGUGACUGCUACAGUUCAAGCCUUCUUUGGUCAAGGAACAGGACAGAUCUGGCUUGAUGAUGUGUCAUGUUCUGGGAAUGAAACUUCACUUACACAGUGUCAGCACAGAGGAUUUGGGAUACACGACUGUGGACACAGUAAGGAUGCUGGUGUCGUCUGUUCAGAGCUUGAAAAUGCAGAUGGAUUCAAAGCAUCCAGUGAAGAUCAGACCAGCAUCACUCUGCAGUGGAAUAAAUUGAACAACAAAAUCAGCUUUGUUCUCCAGUUUAAUGGCAGAGAGACAUUCAUCAGUGCACCAGAAGGAGAUGGACCAGUAAACUACACAGUGUCAUCUCUCAGUCCUGGAACCAAAUACACAUUCACUCUCUUCUCUGUGUUUGACAAUAUCAGGAGCAGUGGAGUGAUCGUUACUGCAGCUACCAGUCAGAUCAGGUUAGCUGGUGCUGGAUUACCACGAUGUUCUGGAAGAGUUGAAGUCUACCACAACAGUAUCUGGGGAACGGUCUGUGAUGAUUAUUGGGACUUAAAGGAUGCCAAUGUGGUCUGUAGAGAGUUGGACUGUGGAACAGCAGUGACUGCUACAAUUGAAGCCUUCUUUGGUGAAGGAACAGGACAGAUCUGGCUUGAUGAUGUGUCAUGUUCUGGCUAUGAAGCUUCACUUACACAGUGUCAGCACAGAGGAUUUGGGACACACAACUGUGUACACAAUGAGGAUGCUGGUGUCGUCUGUUCAGCUCAGACCAGGUUAGCUGGUGCUGGAUUUUCUCAAUGUUCUGGAAGAGUUGAAGUCUACCACAACAGUAUCUGGGGAACGGUCUGUGAUGAUGAUUGGGACUUAAAGGAUGCCAAUGUGGUCUGUAGAGAGUUGGGCUGUGGAACAGCAGUGAAUGCUAAAAUUGAAGCCUUCUUUGGUCAAGGAACAGGACAGAUCUGGCUUAAUAAAGUGGCUUGUACUGGCAAUGAAGCUUCACUUACACAGUGUGAACAUGGGGGAUUUGGGACACACAACUGUGGACACAGUGAGGAUGCUGGUGUCGUCUGUUCAGAGCUUGAAAAUGCCAAAGGCUUCAGAGCAUCCAGUCAAGAUGAGACCAGCAUCACUCUGCAAUGGAAUAAAUUGAACAACAAUAUCAGCUUUGUUCUCCAGUUUAAUGGCAUAGAGACAUUCAUCACUGCACCAGAUGGAGAUGGACCAGUAAACUACACAGUGUCAUCUCUCAGUCCUGGAACCAAAUACACAUUCACUCUCUUCUCUGUGUUUGACAAUAUCAGGAGCAGUGGAGUCAAUGUUACUGCAGCUACUAGUCAGACCAGGUUAGCUGGUGCUGGAUUACCACGAUGUUCUGGAAGAGUUGAAGUCUACCACAACAGUAUCUGGGGAACGGUCUGUGAUGAUUAUUGGGACUUAAAGGAUGCCAAUGUGGUCUGUAGAGAGUUGGACUGUGGAACAGCAGUGACUGCUACAGUUCAAGCUUUCUUUGGUCAAGGAACAGGACAGAUCUGGCUUGAUGAUGUGUCAUGUUCUGGCUAUGAAGCUUCACUUACACAGUGUCAGCACAGAGGAUUUGGGACACACAACUGUGAACACAAUGAGGAUGCUGGUGUCGUCUGUUCAGCUCAGACCAGGUUAGCUGGUGCUGGAUUACCACGGUGUUCUGGAAGAGUUGAAGUCUACCACAACAGUAUCUGGGGAACGGUCUGUGAUGAUUAUUGGGACUUAAAGGAUGCCAAUGUGGUCUGUAGAGAGUUAGGCUGUGGAACAGCAGUGAAUGCUAAAAUUGAAGCCUUCUUUGGUCAAGGAACAGGACAGAUCUGGCUUGAUGAUGUGUCAUGUUCUGGGAAUGAAACUUCACUUACACAGUGUCAGCACAGAGGAUUUGGGAUACACGACUGUGAACACAGUGAGGAUGCUGGUGUCGUCUGUUCAGAGCUUGAAAAUGCAGAUGGAUUCAAAGCAUCCAGUGAAGAUCAGACCAGCAUCACUCUGCAAUGGAAUAAAUUGAACAACAAAAUCAGCUUUGUUCUCCAGUUUAAUGGCAGAGAGACAUUCAUCACUGCACCAGAUGGAGAUGGACCAGUAAACUAUAUAGUGUCAUCUCUCAGUCCUGGAACCAAAUACACAUUCACUCUCUUCUCUGUGUUUGACAAUAUCAGGAGCAGUGGAGUCAACGUUACCGCAGCUACCAAUCCUGAAAAUGCAGAUGGCUUCAAAGCAUCCAGUCAAGAUGAGACCAGCAUCACUCUGCAGUGGAAUAAAGGAAACAACAAAAUCAGCUUUGUUCUCCAGUUUAAUGGCACAGAGACAUUCAUCAGUGCACCAGAAGGAGAUGGACCAGUAAACUACACAGUGUCAUCUCUCAGUCCUGGAACCAAAUACACAUUCACUCUCUUCUCUGUGUUUGACAACACAAGAAGUAGAGGAGUACAGCUUACAGCUGCCACUACUCCUGAAAAUGCAGACGGCUUCAGAGCAUCCAGUCAAGAUGAGACCAGCAUCACUCUGCAGUGGAAUAAAGGAAACAGCGAUAUCAGCUUUGUUCUCCAGUUUAAGGGCACAGAGACAUCCAUCAGUGCACCAGAAGGAUAUGGACCAGUAAACCACAUAGUGUCAUCUCUCAGUCCUGGAACCAAUUACACAUUCACUCUCUUCUCUGUGUUUAACAAUAUCAGGAGCAGUGGAGUCAACGUUACGGCAGCUACCAGCUCCAGAGCUACAUGUGGUCAAUCAUCCAGGGUUUGCAAAUGUACACUGGUGUCUGAUUCAUGUAAACAAACAUCGAGAUCUUCUCUACUCAAACAGCAAGACUUUACAAGAGUUGCAUCUUUCACAUCUGUUGAAGACCCUUUAACAAGGGACUUGCUGAACUCAUCUGUAACCUUCAGUAAUAUGUCUUCCCUGAUAAAGAGACAGCUUGAACCAUUCUUCCAGAAAAAGUUUUCUUCUGCCUUCCUCUCCAUGGAGGUUUCUACAAUUAGAAAAAGCUCACUUGUCCACACCGUGAACCUUAAGUUUAGAGGCACGUCUGUUCCUGACGACAAUGAGAUACGGGAUGUUUUGAUGGAGGCGGCUUCAUCUGUUGUCGACUUCAGCAUCGAAACGAAAUCGAUCAGCAUUCUUGGCAAAACUUGAGGUGUGGAAAGCCUGAAGAUCAGCCUCGAGUCACUAUGGUUUAAACCAAAUGCACAAGUGCAUGUUAUUACAUAUUACUCCUUGUACUAAAGCUUAAUAUCUAUAAAAAAAUAUAAUUAUUGUGCUGUAAUAAUUGGAUUUAGACAUGUAGCAAUUAUUUUAUUUGCUGCUGAGGGGAAGGCAUGCUUUAAGACAUUUAUGUUCUACUCAAACAUUAACUCUUUAUGUAAUUUUAUGGUCUUUUCUGAGUAAAAAUGAAAAAAAAAAAUCAAUUGUGAUUAAAAAUGUAACUUAUUUCUUGAGAUGCUUCUAAGCCUUAUUAACUCCUAUUAAGCUUAUAAUAUUUAUAAAGUUGUAUUCAAAGAGUGCUUAAAAUAGCACUGCUAUGUUUCAUUUUAAUUUUCAGUCUUUAAAAUGAUAAAAUAAAAGUGAUUACAAAACGAAGGUGUGUU